UCCACGGGAAUCCUGCUGGUCGCCCUCCUGCCCUGCCAGGAGUGCAGAGCUCUCAGCAAGAGCCCGGGAGCCGCCCGCGGGGCUCUGCACCAGCCAGAUUUCUUCCAGCAGCAGCAGCAAACUCUGCCCGUCCUGCUCCGCAUGGGAGAAGAGUAUUUCCUGCGCCUGGGCAACCUCAACAAGAGACCCGUUGGCUCUUUCUCCACCUCUUCCGUCAGCACCGGCCACCUACAGCCCGAAGCCUCCGCCAGCAACUUUUUUGGGGCGGCGGUGCCGCAGCUGCAGCAACUGCCGGAGCGCUCCCUGGGCAGCCCCGAGGAGGGCGAAGCCGAGAGCGAGGCCGUGGAGAGGGAGAAGCGGUCCGAGGAGCCCCCUAUUUCUCUGGAUCUGACUUUCCACCUCCUGCGAGAAGUCUUGGAGAUGGCCCGAGCCGAGCAGUUAGCGCAGCAAGCUCACAGCAACAGGAAACUGAUGGAGAUAAUCGGGAAAUGAAGCGGCCCCUCCCCGCCUUGCCAAAGAGAUUCCGCGGUUAGCACAAGAAUAAUUACACCGUCCGAUGUACCAUAGUGCUGCUCUGAUGUCAUCUCUUUAUUUUUAUAUAGCUUUAAGCCUAAAAGGGUGUACUCCGAACAGCCUCUGUCCCUUGACUAGCAUGCACAACCGUGUACCAAGUGCAGAAACAUGAGUGUCGUUGGUAACCUCCCCUACCUUUAUUUAUUUCUCCAUUUCCCAGUUAUUCUAGUGCCAUGGGUGCGUAGGGAUGUGUGGGCGUUGGAAGAGAUGGUGCCAAGAAGACAUAACUUUUCUGCUGGGGGCAGGGAGGUGGGAGGGGGAAUCUCUGUAAGCUAGUUUGAAUCCACUUUUUUUUUUUUCCUGUAAACAUUUUCACAAUAAAACAUCUUUUCAGCGCUCGGUCGAUUUGGUUGUGUAAGAGAAUGUUUAAUAUUUAUAUUUUUAAUAAAAGCUGC